UCCCCGUCUCCAUGGAGACGCAGCGUUUGAAUUCUACACCGAGGAGCUCGAGACCAACUGCCACCGAGAGAGAGUGAGGGAAGCUAUAGGGUCAACGCAACGUGUUACUUGGAAGAGACAAAUGUCUGCCUCUAGCCAGUACAGUGACUGUGACUGGUUUUACCACAUUCCUCAGAAAGCAAGCAAAGCUGACAAGAGUCAAGUGCAGCUUCCACCAACUUCCCAGAUCCCGGGUUUGAGUAAGCUUGCAGAGCCUCACAAGGAGAUCACCUUUGACAGCCGUAAAUUAUGGAUUAGGGACACAGAUUCAGACUAUGUAAAAUUAGCCAAACAAGGAGGCAGAGCAGAUUUGCUGAAACAUUAUUCCCCUCCUCCAAGGAAGUCAUCCCCAAUUCCCUGUUCACAACCAGAGUGGUUCGUGCAUGCUCCACCAUCUUCUAAGAAAAAGGAAGUUCCUAAAUGGUACUUACCAGAAUACAUGGUUCAUGAGGAGUUCAUUCCCAGCUCUUGUGAGAAUAAGUCUGGAAAAUUACCUCAUGAUCCUAAUAAGACUGCAUUGGAGAAGGAUACAGAAGACAAUGAGAAGGAAAAUAAAAUAAAGCUAAAGUUGCCAGAAAUUAGAGACAAAAAGCAAAAAGAGAAAGCAAAUAUGAAGAAGACAAUGCAAGAGGACAACUUGGAAAAUAAAUUUCCAGCCAUGCCUUUACCAAAAAAGAAUGAACCUAUAAACUUCACAAAAUUAAUUAUGAAUGGGUAUGCUGAGGACUACAUUCAGCAGCGAAAGGACUUCAACAAGAAGAUAUCAUCAAACAUAACGGUUAAGCAACCUGGAGAUCUGGUUCCUCUUGACGAGUUCCAGAAGUUAGAAAAAAAAGAUCUUAGAAAUACAAAGUCACGAGGAAAGAAAGCUAUCUCUACUAAAGUGAAUCAAAAUGUAACCUUCAGAGACCCUGUGAAAGAUUCCGAGGCUAAAACAUUAAUUCUGAACAAAUUUAGAGAUAUGCCAGCUUGAAUUGACACCAGCAGACAAGAUGUGAAACCUUGCACAUCAAGCAGAUAUUAAUCAUUACAGGACAAAAUAAAUCAUUCGUAUUAAAAGUGGACAGCUGCAACAAAACAGUGAAGAGCUAUCAGCUCUAAGAAUGAAAUGUAAUUAUUUAUAUAAUGAUUAAUAUUUAUUCCUUCCAUUAUAACAACUUAAUUUGAAUUGCUUUAAUACCAGAAGAGACAACUUAAUUGUUAUUGAAUGGGCCUUUGUUAAUUCAGCUAUGUUUACAAUUAAACACCAUUGAGCUAUAAUGUGUAAAAGAUUGAUUUGAGUACUAAUAUCAGUGACUAGUUACACAGUAUGAAAGAAUCACUGAGGACCAUAGUGUCCUUCACAAUUCAGCUGAUUAGACAUAUUAGAAUCUAUUGUAUUUCAAUGAAAGGUUCUUUAAAAUCAAUGAA